AACGAACGAACAGUCACCCAGCUCGAUUACCUCGAAAAGAUCCUUCCCUGUACACACCAGGGGAAAAAGAAAAAAGAAAAGGACGAACAUGAUUGCGCAACGGGUGGGAGUAUCGGCUGCGCGCCGAAUCGUCGCCGGGAACCCGUCGGGCUUCUUCACCCAACAUCUCCCUAAGCUUGCGGCCUCGCGCCUCUCUACCACCCAGAUCCGCCCCGUCGGAACCUCCAAGAUCACCGCCGAAGACGCCCACUCCCUCCUCGCCCAGCAACGUCUCAACCGCCCCGUGGCCCCCCACCUGACGGCCUACCGCUACGACCAGACCUGGUUCGGCGCCUCCAUCUGGAACCGCUUCACGGGCGGCGCGCUCUCGGGCGCCUUCUACGCCUACUUCGCCGUCUACCUCGUCUCGCCGCUGCUCGGGUGGCACGUCGAGAGCGCCUCGCUCGCCGCCUCCUUCGCCGCCCUGCCUGCCGUCGCCAAGGGCGGCAUCAAGUUCCUCGUCGCCUGGCCGUUCGCCUUCCACUGCGUCAACGGCGUCAGGCACCUCUCGUACGACCUCGCCUUCGGCUUCGCCAAGAAGCAGAUCGUCAAGUGGGGGUGGGCUGUCUGGGGCACCAGCUUGGUUCUGGGGCUGUAUGCCGGCUUUGCUCUGUAAAAAUCAAAAUAACAAAAAAACCAACAACAAAAGAACAAUGGGAAAGGGAAGAGAUGGGACUUUUUCGUGCCUCCUUCGACCUUACGCCAGCAUUCGGGAUGGGAAUAGGGCUAUCUGCCUAGAGGCAUGGGAAGGGAGGGUGGACGGAGGAGUGGACAGACUCGGUCAUGACUUGUCGACCGUGUGUAUGAAUGAUAUGGAUUAGGUGGGAGGAGGCUGGAAAAAAAGAAGUGUACUUUUUGUGGAUGUG